AUGGAGUCGAUGGGCGUCAGCGCCGCGCCUUCCUCCGCUUCCGAGGCCUCUCAACCGCCGGCGCGCGCCCCGUCGCGGCCGAGCUCGGCGUCCUCGCAGCGCCAGACGACCGCCGCGGAACUGCGGUGCCGCAUGGAGUCGAUGGGCGUGGGCGCCGCGCCCUCCUCUGCUUCCGAGGCCCCUCAACCGCCGGCGCGCGCCCCGUCGCGGCCGAGCUCGGCGUCCUCGGCGCGCCAGACGACCGCCGAGGAACUGCGGUGCCGCAUGGAGUCGAUGGGCGUGGGCACCGCGCCCUCCUCUGCUUCCGAGGCCUCUCAACCGCCGGCGCGCGCCCCGUCGCGGCCGAGCUCGGCGUCCUCGGCGGCGGCGCGCGCCAAACUGGCGCAGACCGCCGCGGUGGCGGCGGGGGCGGCGGCCGCCCUGGAUGGGCAGCAGCCGCAGCCGUGGCCGCAGCGGCAAGCGCCCGAGGCGCUGGAGGCGCCUGCGACCCCUGCGGCGCCUGGCGCGGACGAGCUCCGCCAGCAGUUCCUCUGCGCCCUCGCCAGGGGGCUGUCGACCACGGCGUGCGCCGCCGACGGGGCCCAGGGCCCCGAGGCCCCCGCCAGGCUGGCCGGCCCGCAGGCGGCCCCCGCGCUUGAUGCCGAUUUCUUCGCCAGCGUGGACGCCCUGCGGGCGCGCAUGGAGCAGCGCAAGCUCGAGCAGCAAAAGCAGGCCCAGUCGCGGCCUGGCUCCGCGGCCGGUGCUGCCGAGCGCCCCGCCGCGCCGCGCGGCCCCUCGAGCGGCGAGCCCCUUCUUCCGCCGAGAGCCACCUCUCCCGCGCCGGUGCCGCCGCCCCCCGCAGGCCACAGCCCGCGCCAGAGGCCGCACAGCGGCGCGGCGCCGCAGACCGCGAGAGGCUCGCAGGCCCCACGGCCGCCGCCGCCGCCAGGCGGCGAGAGGCGCCCAUGCGGCGAGAAGCGCCAGCCCAGCGCAGCCCCUCCGCCGCCCUCGGCCAGCGAGGAGGACGAGGACGCGGCGCUGCUCAGCGGCAGCGGCGACGGCUUGCUGCAGUGGGCGGACGAGGUGCUCCGGAAGGCCCAGGCGCUGGGCGCGGCGGCGGAGGCGCAGCGCGCUGAGCCAGGCGGCGGCAGCGGCGCAGGGGCAGCGCCGAGGCCCCCGGCGCUGCGCACGCCGUCCGGCCGCACCCCUAGCGCAGACGCCCGCGAGAGGCGGGCCAGCGAGCUGCGGGACGAGAUGAGGCGCAUCACCGAAGAGGCCGAGCUGGAGUGCAGGCGGCGCCUCACCGAGGAGGGCCUGCGGCAGCGGCGCCUCGAGGAGGAGCUGCACGACUCCGCCUGGCGCCACCGCCUGGACGCGGCAGCGGAGGAGAUGCGCAGCCGGUGCUCGGGCAUCAGCUUCGAGGAGCGCGCGGCGGACCGCCCCGCGGCAGACCGCCCGCGCAGCAGCGGGUUCGGUGCCGGCUGCGGCGUGCCCACGCCGCCUCCGGGCCCGCCCCCCGGCAACGGCGCCCGCCAGCCGCCGCACAGCCGGCGGAGGCUCGUGGCGCGCUCCGCGAGCGAGCACGAGGCCGCGUGGGCCCGGUUGGAGGCCCGGCUCGAGAGGGGCCAGGGGCCCAUCCGCUUCGCCGACGUGCCGUGGCCGCCCGAGGGCGCCUUCGGCAUCACUGGCGUACGGCCCGGCGACGCGGUGGCGCAGGACUUGGUCCCGGAGGCCGAGCAGGCGCGGUUAAUGGAGCAGGUGAAGAGCAUCGCCCAGCGCCUGCUCGACGAGAAGGCCAGGGGAGCGGCCGUCCACCUCCGACAGAGCCGAGAGGCGACGCUCCGCAGGCGAACGCCCAUGGAGGGCCGGCAUGAGGCGGGCGAGGCGGAGGCUGGCGGAGAAGGCGACCCCGGCCGGCAGGCGAUCGCGGCCGUGGCGGAGAACACUCUGCACCCGGACAUCGCGGAGGCUGCUGUCAAGGUCAAGGAGAUCAUGGGAGACGCCAAGAUGCCGCUUCUCAGAGCACACCUUCGCGCCGACGCGUUCGGCACGCCGAAGGAGGCCGCCUCGCCGCGCAGCCCGCGCAGCCCCCGCGACCGCAGCCCCCGCGACCGCAGCCCCCGCGACCGCAGCCCCCGCGACCGCAGCCCGGCAGCCCGCCCGGGUGAGCCGGGCUCUCCGCGCAGGGCCGCGUCCCCGCGGAGCUUCGGGCAGCCAGCCGCCGACCGCCUCGCGCCCGAGCGGGGUGCGGGCGCCUUCGCCUUCGGCCUCGCCGGGGGGGCCGCCUCCGCCAGGCCGUCGACGCAGCCAGGCGGCAAGGUGCCGACCCUGCCGCGCGCCGCCGCCCCGCUCGCGGCGAGGGGGCCCUCGAACGUCACGGUCUUCCUGGCGACGCAGCGAGCCAAGGAGUUCGAUCCCAUCUACGCAGCGACCUGUGACCUGGUCUGCCGCUACGCUAGCUGGGUGUGGGAGCAGCGCACCUCGCUAGCCCCCUGCUGGACGCAGGCACGCGGGCCCAUCGCGUCCACGAUCCUCACGCUGUGGCGCAUUGGCUGGUUCAUGUACUCGUCCACGGUGCUUGUCACGGACGAGGAGAAUCACGUCAAGCUCUUGACGGAGUCGCCCAAGGACGUCAGGAUGCACCUAGCCAUGGGCAUCGAGCGGUGGCAAAGGCGGCAGACCCUCCAGCACUACCCGCAGUGCGACCAGGAGGCCAAGCUGUGGGUGAGGGCGAUGAGGCGCUGCGCUGGCGGACCCAAGGCCGCGGUCACUGAAGGCCCAGGGGCCAUGAGCUUGCGCGUCCACUGGGUAGGGGUGCCUUGGACCAGGCAGGCGCAGUUCGAUGCUAAGCUGGCCACCUCGUCCGAGUGCGCCGCAUGCGGGGCGGAGUCGGACACCCUUGGGCACCGCUUCUUCGGCUGCGAGACGCUCCUGGAGCCAGCGUUCCUGGGCGAGGAGAAGGGUGAGGUGCUCCCCGAGAGGCACAACGUGGCCUGGACCUUGAUGCGCGACCAGGGCCUCAAUAUGGGCGGUGGGCCGCAGGCGUGGGACGAGUUCGCGGUGUCGACCUGCCUCCCACGCGUGCCACCUAGUGUGCCGCCUGCGGAGCGCAACGCGAAAGUGUACUUCUGGGGCGACUGGAGCGACGACCCUGGCACGACCGAGGGCAACGUCGUCUUCACAGGCGGCUCGGGUCUGGCCUCGUCGAUGCUCGAGCUGCGGCGAUGUGGCUGGGCAGCGGUGCAGGUCUCGUCGCAGGGCCUGCCUGCGCGUGCCGCGUAUGGGCCGCUGCCUGGCCCCUUCCAGACGGUGGGGCGCGCGGAGAGGCACGCCCUGCUGCAGGCGCUGCUGGUCCUCUCGCCGCAGCGCGGCGGGCCCGCCGUCGACGCCGUCUUCACGGACCUGCUGGGGCUCGCCGGGGAGGCGACCUCCUGGGGCGCGGCGCUCGAGCAGGCUGGCGCGCCGCGGUCUGGCGGCGCCUGCGCGCGCAGCCUGCGCGCCCUGCGGCAGUUCCAGGAGCGCGGGCUGCACCUCCUCCUCCUCGUGGGGAACGUGUGGGCGGACUUCUUCGCGAAGGAGGGGGCCAUGGCCCACGCGGUCUCGCAGGGCUACGCUGACUUCUACGGGGUCGAGACCGAGUACCACAAGCAGGUCGCGGCCUACAUCGCGAGGGCCUUGCCGCGCAUGCUGAAGAUCCCGAGCUGGCAGGUGACGGGCUCGGCAGUGCGGCCCCGCAAGGGGCCACCGCGCGCGCCGCCCGUGGCGGUGGUGCGGCACCACCUGGUCCUCCUGCGUGGCGGCAGGAUAUCCACUGUGGCCACUCGAGGCCCGCCGUGGUCGCAGUACUUGCGCUCUCCAUGCGGCGAGAGCGAGGUGGCGAAGCUCAAGGCGGACGCCAUCAUCGAGCACGUGGGGGCGACCUGGGUCCAGGCGUCCGGGGAGGGCUCGUUCGCCAUGGCUGCGCUGGACGCGUCCCAGUUGCCGCUGGACCCAGGCGACCUGACCGAGGUCGACGCUCUGGGUCUAGGCGACACGGCGGUGGGCGUGCAGGGCCACCGCUUUCGCAUGGCUGGCCCCACCAACUUCUGCCAGGUGUGCGUCGCCUGGUCGGGCAGCGGCACGCCGAGAGCGCUGCAGGAGCCGUGCCGCGGCUUGCCCACUGGAGAGGGACGUGAUGCGCGUACCUCCCUGUCCAACCUGAGGUCGAGGCGUCGGAGGUUUGAGGCAGGCAGGCACCUGAAGAGCGGAGAUGCCAUUGCCUGGCGUGGAGCUGCUGGCUGA